AUGUCCGAAAUAAAUCAAAUAUGUAAGCAGAAUGAACGUUGGUCAAAACCUAUCAAAACGUUCAAUCAGUUUGUGUCAUUGUUGAGUUUCCAAUCUCCCGCCAAAACAUGUUCGAACCACGAACCGUCCCUGGUUAGAGUAUGCCGUACUCGACAUCUAUGCAUAUUUUGCAUACAUAGUCAAAGGCCGAAACGAGGUAGACGGCUGGGCAUCCUCAGGUCUAACCUCUUCUUACCUCCUCUUGAAGACAUGAUAGCACGAAACAGUUUCAAUGCUGAUGAGUCUGAGGUGGUCGAUUAUGUCUGUCGCAAGACAUUCUGCUACCUUACUUACAAGAUGCUUGCUGGCUCACUGCAGAGCCCCCCCCCCCAUUGCGACCUAACUUUAAUUGCAGUCCUUAAGAAGGUGACCUGUUAUUGCUACCCAUCUCACAUCAGCGGAGAUAACAUGGCGCUUACUAAGCUGCAGAGUUUGGAAAUAUAG